AAUUUGCCGCCGACCGUUGGUGUUUGGGUGGCGCGUGCGCUUGUUUUUUGCUUUCGAAAAGCGUCGAGCGCGCGGGGGCCUUUUACACGCGAAGCUGCAAAGCUGUGCGUAUCGCCCAGCCGGUGAACUCCGUUGGUUUUGUUGAACGGUACUGGACAAAUGAUGAGCAUGAUGUGGCCUGUGACUCUUCUAUGGGUUGGACUGGACAUUCUUUUGUGUCAGGAAGUUGCUUCUUUAAUGAAUGACGAAGAAACUAUGUGUAUUAUUGAAAAAAUUAGUGAUGAUAGCAUUUGCAGAGGGGAGCUCCUUGUGAUUUAUCCAGAUUUGGGAAAUGCAGCUUGUGCUGUCAUCCCAAGAUGCCGUCAGUUUCGAAGACUGAUGAGUGAAGAAUGGGGAGAACCACGUGUAAAAUUUGUUCAAGCUAAGAAGGACAUGAACUAUGUGCUGAUAAUGGUGGAUCCAGAUGCCCCAAGCAAGGAAAAUCCCAAAUACCGUUUUUGGAGACAUUGGUUGAUGACCGACAUACAUGGUAAAGAUCUACAAACUGGAUUUAUUCAAGGCACAGUACUUUCAGAGUAUAGGCCACCCACCCCACCAUCUGGCACAGGGUACCACCGCUACCAAUUCUUCCUUUAUGAGCAGCCAGAAGGUAGAAUAAUCUCACUGAAUAAACAGGAAGCAAAAUCCUUCGCUCAUGAUAGCGAUGUCGUCCAGAAUGACAGCGUAGCAGACCACAUAGUUUGCAUUGAUGUCCAAAUGGAAAUGAUGUCACAGUACUCUACGAUUGAGUCCUGGCCAAAGAAAUACUGUGCACCUCUGGAUGAGUUAUAAUGGAGAAGCUCCAGACAUCAGGAGCUAAGUUGUCAAUUCUUCUGACAGCAAGAUUAGCUGUUGGUGUGCUUCAAAAAUAGUGCUUCUAUAUGGCAUGUCAGCCUCCCAGCAUAUUGGGAACAUAUUCUAGUUUCCAAAGCAAGAUUACCGGAAUGGAUUUCUGUUAUCCAUUCUCUUCCAAUUUGCUAUCCAUUAGACAUAUUGAAGAGUUUGCUAAUGGCAAGAAGAGGACAACACGAGACUUUCAAAGCAGCACACACAAAGAACGGAUAGUCCAAUGAACACAUUCUGGGACAGAGACGUAAAGGGAUGUUCCUGCUGAAAUAAAAUGUUGAAGAAAAAUUCUCAUUUAAAGUGAUGUGCUCAAAUGGUGACGCCAAUUUUGUAUUGUUUGUGUAGAAUAGCUCAAGCACCUUGUGGGUUACUAUUUGAACAUCUUAAAAACUGCGAGGCUGCUUGGGCCUCUUCUUCCCUGGCCUAUUAUUAUUCAUUCGUGGGACGUGGGACAUGGUCAUUGCUGGCUAGGCCAACAUUCAUUGCCUAUCCCUAACUGCCGUUAUGGUUUGCUGGGCCAUCUCUGAAGGCACUUAAGAGUCACCACGUUUCCUGGGUCUCUAUUAGAAUUUAACUGCUUCAGCUCCACGAACUAAUCCACCUGUUGCACUUCUGAUGACCUGGAUGAUCAUAAGGUUUCUGGAUCUUGUAACAAGAACUUGAUUCAGUUUGCUCAUGGCCCAUGUUUUGCAAGCAGUACUCAAUAUUAAUCAUCUUUAAAUGGAACACUAUUUGGUAUAAGGGGUACAUGAGCUGACGAGUCAUGGCACUGGAUUAGCAUUCCCAAUGCCUACGUUGUUACUUUCUGGAAAACCAAGUGCUGAAGGACAAUUCAGGAGUUAAUCUUAAUACUUUUUAAAAACAUUUAUACACGGUGAUUCAUACUGCAAACAUGUACUUCCUGAAAUCAAAUCCCCUUUCAGUCUCAUCCUGUGUAUCUGAGCCCAAGUGAAUCCUCAGUUAACACUAAUCACCUUCAUCCAACAAAACACUUUAUAAUGUGCUUAAUUUGGAAUAA